AUGGGGAAGCUGUUCCACAGGCCCCCUCUCUCGGCCGCUUUGAUGUGCUGCUGCUCAGCUUUGAAGUUGAGAAAUGCGGGCUGUGUUUCUUGUUAGUGGGCGAGAAAUACGGUGUUAUAGAUAAGAAGCUUAUGUGUGUGUGCGUGUGUGUUAGGGAGAGAAAGAGGGAGUGCAUGAAUGCAUGAAUGUGUGGCUUAUAUAAAAAAAAAAAAAAAAAAAAAAACACGAAUAUUUGUUGGGUGGUGGUGCUGCUUUUUCUUCUGGCUGGGUUAAAAAAAAAAAAAAACGCGUGAUCCCCCUUCUUCUCCACCCUCUUUCUUAUUUUUGACACCCCCAGCGAUCUACAUAGGCGAAGAGCCUGCCUACUCUGAGGUCAGUUGUUGAAUGGGACAGAGUGCGUUAAACUACCAGCGCUUGCUUGAUGUGCGUGUGGCGCGGUGGAGCCUCGAUAAAAGUCCGCCCGUCGCUCAUUUCUUCUCUUUUUGCGGACUAUAUAACGACUCGGAGAGUUUGGGACUGAGCUUAAAAUGGACUAAGAGCUCUUUUUAAAAACUUUUUUAUUCUGAUCUGCUCUACCAUGAGUGAAGAGGAGCUGAGAAGCUCCCCCGCUGCUUUUAGAGAGUGAGCGAGGAGGAUUUUUUUUUAGGGGGGGAGCUUGGAAGCUGGAGCGGAGGCACCACGGCGGCACUCUCACACAGGCAACCGGAGCCAUGAGCAGGGCGCUCACGGAGCACAUCAGCGGUAGCUUCCGAGAAGAUGCUCCUCGUCCUCCGGUUCCGGGGGAGGAGGGAGAGGCGUCAUGCUACAACCCGAGCAGAUCAGGCAAAAUGAGAGCCCAGAGCAAAGUUAAAGAUCUCCCCGCUGCUGCUGCUGCUCUUGUCGGCUCCAUGCCGCGGAGGAACGAGGAUGGACUCGGAGAGCCGGAGGGCAGCGCGUCGCCGGACUCGCCACUUGUCCGGUGGACCAAGUCUCUGCAUUUCCUCCUAGGCGACCUGGACGGUGCUCACCUGUUCAGGACCUUCUUGGAGCGGGAGCACUGCGUUGACACUUUGGACUUCUGGUUCGCCUGCAACGGCUUCAGGCAGAUGGACUUAAAGGAUACCAAAACGCUGCGAGUUGCCAAAGUUAUCUUCAAGCGGUACGUCGAGAACAACAGUGUGGUGGCAAAGCAGCUGAAACCGGCCACCAAGACCUUCAUAAGGGAUAGUAUCAAGAAGCAGCAGAUAGACUCGGCCAUGUUCGACCAGGCGCAGACGGAGAUCCAGUCCCAUAUGGAGGAGAACGCGUACCAGAUGUUCCUGACCUCUGAUGUAUACCUCGAAUACGCGCGCACUGGCUGCGAGAACGCCGCCUACAUGAACCACGCCGGGCUGGGCAGCCUCAAGCUGAUGUGCGGAUACCUUCCUCCCCUCAUGGAGGAAGAGGAGUGGAGUUGCAAUGACCUGAAGGCAAAAGGGUUGGGGUCUGUGGUGGGACUGUCUGCAAAGAACCUGAGGGCUACUGCUACUAUCCGGACAGCAGCUGAGGUGCUGGAGAAGACCUACAGGUCCCACCGACGAGGAGAGCCCGCCAGCCCGUACUUUGUCAACUCUGGCUACAUUUUCGCUCCCGCCACCAGUGCCAAUGACAGUGAGAUCUCCAGCGAUGCAGCGACAGAUGACUCCUUGUCGAUGACCGACAGCAGUGUAGAUGGCAUCCCUCCUUACAAGAUGGGCACCAAGAAGCAGCUCCAGCGAGAGAUGCACCGCAAUGUUAAGAUCAAUGGCCAAGUUACACUACCCCACUUUCCUCGGACACAUCGGCUGCCUAAAGAGAUGACCCCAGUCGAGCCCUCAGCUUUUGCUGCCCAGCUCAUCGCCAAACUGGAGAAGCUGAAGAGAGACCAGGACAUGAUGAACUCACUAGAGGAGAGACUGCAGCAAAUUCAGGAGGAGGACGAAAGAGAAGAGAGCAAUGACCUCAGCAGCAACAGCUCCCUCCAUCACCCCCUGCUCCCAUCCGCAAACCAGUGUGAGGAAGACCCCCAGGCCAUCUUAGAUGAGCACCUUUCACGUGUCCUGAAGACACCCGGCUGUCAGUCACCUGGCGUGGUCCGGCACUCGCCACGUUCACGCUCCCCAGAUCAGACAGGCGUUCUGGUGUCGUCCGGCCACGGAACUCUUUUUGGUGCUUAUCAUGGGUCCGCUAAGGUGCUGAUGACAGGCAGGCAGUCCACAAAGCACAUCCACCACCACUACAUCCACCAUCACCACGCUGGGCCCAAGACUAAGGAGCAGAUUGAGACUGAAGCGGCUCAGCGUGUGCAGUGCCUCUGCCCUCAAGGGGGCGCCAAUUACUCUGACUUCACACCUGCUCGCUGCAGCACUUUGUCCAAACGACCAGUGAAGGGCUCCGAUGAGGGCGCGUCUUCACCAUGCCUUCCCAUGGUUUCCACCGACCGCUCUCAGAAUGUUUGGCAGUGGAUCCUGGAGAGCGAGAGGCAGGGCAAGCACAAGCCACACAGCACUCAAGGCCUAAAGAAGCCCAUUCCUCUCGACUCCAAGAUUCUGCCUGCUAGGACCAACACCUGGGGUGGAGCUGGCUCCUGCAAUGGGAGUCACCUCCGUGUCCAUCACCCAGGCCAUCCCUUCAUCCAGGAUCCUGCUAUGCCACCUUUGCCCCCACCCAACACCCUGGCACAGCUUGAGGAGGCCUGUCGCAGACUAGAAGAGGUUUCUAAGCCGCCAAAGCAAAGGCAUUCAACACUCUCUAGCAGCCUUCAGAGAGACCGGAGCCAUCCACCUGCUGGAACUGGUGCAGGCACCGCUCAAAACAAUCCUGAAGAGUCUAAGGAGCUGGUGGUAACAUACUUUUUCUGUGGCGAGGAAAUUCCUUAUCGCAGCAUGAUGAAAAUCCACUGCCUCACCUUGGGUCACUUCAAAGAACAGCUCAGCAAGAAAGGCAACUACAGGUACUACUUCAAGAAGGCGAGUGAUGAGUUUGAGUGUGGAGCAGUGUUUGAGGAAGUGUGGGAAGAUGCCACUGUGCUCCCCAUGUACGAGGGCAAGGUCCUGGGCAAAGUAGAGAGGAUGGACUAAAAACAACCCAUGCCCUUCACCCCCCCACCCACAACUAAGCUCUCCCAAAAGAACUUGAGCAAUGGACU